AUGGAAAGAACAACGUUUUGCUGUUGUAUGCAAGUUAAGGAAACGGAAGAUUUUCCUUAUCAUUACAAAAAUAAAGUUCAUAACAAAGUUGAUAAAGGAAGGAAAGAAGAUUGUGCUGAACUUGCAAAAAUCAAUAUAAGUACUAUAAGUUAUGAGUGGGUGGACGGGCAAAGAAAUGAUAAAGAAUCCUGA